AACAAAACGCCGUGAAAUGAUGCUGCGUCGAUUAACCGCAGCCGCGGCCCAUCCGAAUCUGUUCCUCUAUCGUCUCAAGACAACAUCGGCCGUCGAGACGAACCUGCAAGAGAAAGUUGUGACGCUGUGCCGGCACCGCGGGUUUGUCUUUCCAGGGUCCGACAUUUACGGCGGUCUCGCCAACAGCUUUGACUAUGGCCCGCUUGGGGUCCAGAUGAAAAAGAACAUUCAAGAUGCAUGGUGGAAGCACUUUGUCCAGUCGCGUACCGAUUGUGUUGGUUUGGACUCGUCCGUGAUCCUCAACUCGAAAGUGUGGGAAGCGUCGGGUCACAUUGGAAACUUUACGGACCCCAUGACCGUAUGCAAGAGCUGCAACAGCCGGUCUCGUGCCGACAAAUUGGUCGAGAACAAGGCAGACGUGACGGGGAUCCCCGACGCUGGCGGCCUCACGUGCGACGAACUGGACGAUCUCAUUACCAAGCACAAGAUUGCAUGUCCGACGUGCGGCAGCGCCGACCUGCAAAAGUCGCGCCAAUUCAACCUCCUUUUCCGUACGAACAUGGGCUCGACCGACGAAACGAGCGAGUGGGUGUAUCUGCGCCCAGAAACGGCCCAAGGGGCAUACAUCAACUUUCAGCACGUGGUCACGACAAUGCGCCGGCGCCUGCCGUUCGGUGUCGGUCAAAUGGGCAAGUCGUUUCGCAACGAGAUCUCUCCUGGACACUUUUUGUUUCGCACUCGCGAGUUCGAACAGCUCGAGCUGCAAUACUUCUGUCAUCCCACCGAGUCGGACAACUGGUUUGCAUAUUGGGUCGACGAGUGCUUCAACUGGUUGGUUCAGCACGGGAUCAAACCAUCGAGCCUGAAGAAGCGGGUCCACGACCAAGCGGAACUGGCCCAUUAUGCCCGAGCGACGACGGACAUUGAGUUUCUGUACCCGUUUGGAUGGAGCGAAUUGUGGGGAAUUGCCAACCGAACCAACUACGAUUUGAAAAAGCACAUGGACGCUUCGGGCGAAGAUUUGCAGUAUGUGGACCCCACAUCGCGAGAGACACUGCUGCCCCAUGUCAUCGAGCCUGCUCUGGGAACUGGUCGUGUCAUGUUGGCCAUGCUGCUCGACGCGUACGACGAAGAAGAAGUAAACGGACGACAACGCACGGUCCUUCGAUUGCAUCCAGACAUUGCCCCGUACAAGUUUGCCGUGCUGCCUCUUCAGAGCAAAGGCAUAUUGGCCGAGAAGGCCAACGAGAUCUACAUCCAGUUGGUGAAGCUGGCGAGUUGCGACUUUGACGUGACUCAAUCGAUCGGUGCGACUUGUGUCGAACACCGUUGCGACGUUGAUCGAACGGUGUUGUAGGCAAGCGAUACCGUCGCCAAGACGAGAUCGGGACACCAUAUUGUGUCACGGUGGACUUUGAGACGCUCGAGGAUGGGUCUGUCACCGUGAGAGAACGUGACAGCAUGGAGCAGGUCCGCGUGCCCAUCACCACCCUCCUCUCUGGAAGCUGGUCGUGGCAUCAGCCGUCCUAGAGCGCCGUUGCUGACAGGAGCUCAUGGUGCAUCGCACGAACACCAAUGCAAUGCUGAUAAAAUCGACGUGUAUUUCCCAA